AUGUCUUCUCCCGCUUCUUCUCGUCGUAGGGGCCGUCCGGCGAGGGACUCGGCCACCGCAUCACCAGCCCGCUCAACACGCUCCCAACAACAAUCCCAGACCAGCAACCCUCCACAGACUACCCCUCGUGCUUCACGGCGACUGCAAGGCGAGGCCGCCGUCCCGUCCUCUUCCCCAAUGUUCUUCCAGUCUUCCCCCGCGCGGGGGAGCAGCAAUGCCGAAACCCCAGAUGCUAGAAUGGAAGAACCAAGUUCACCUUUGAGAGCUUCAUCCGCCAUGGAUGAGGGGGAAAGAACGCCACGUGCAAAUGGGGUAGCCCUAAGAGAUUCUUCGCCGAUUCGAUAUGUUUCCAGCUCCAGUCCGACUCGCGGUUUCGGCCGCCAAAAUGGCCACUCGGAUAUUCCUAGCAGCAGCAGCGGCCUAUUUGUUUCAUCUCGACAAGGGCUGGAUGGCCAACGCGUCGCCUCCCGCCGCAGUGACCUUCAUUCGGGGGGUUUUGGGUCUACCCCAAGCCGCAGGCGCAGAGUUUUUGUCGAUGCAAAUGGGGUACCUGCUGCGGACGGUGAGCUUCAAUCGGACGCCACAUUCUCUAAUAUCCACCCGGAUACUUCAGAGGCAGAGGUCAUGGGAGGUAAUUCAACCCGUGUGAUCUGGGGAACCAAUAUCUCUAUUCAGGAUUCCAUGUCGGCCUUUAAAAAUUUCCUCCAUAAUUUCACCACCAAAUACCGUCUGUGGGCUGAUGGGGCCACUGAGGACGAAACGCGCCGAAUGGGAGAUAUGGCCGAGGAACGGGAAUAUAUCGAUAUGUUAAAUACAAUGCGCCAGCUGGGUGUCACCAGUUUGAAUCUAGAUGCGAAGAAUCUCAAGGCGUACCCACCAACUCUGAAGCUAUGGCACCAGCUUCAAGCAUACCCUCAAGAGAUUAUCCCGCUGAUGGAUCAGAGCGUACGAGAUGUGAUGGUCGAGUUAGCCGCUAAAGAGAUGGAGCGACUACGAUCUCAAAUUCAACGCAAUCAAAACAUCCAUAGGGACUUAAGCUCAGCCCCGGCGGUCCCCAGCUCGGACGCAAUGAGCGAGACCGGCAGGAUGCCGCAGACAGAAAUACCAGACCUCGUAGCAGAGGCCGAGACCAAGCCUUACAAGGUCCUUCCGUUUGGUCUUGAUACUACGAUCAAUAUGAGAGGGCUGGAUCCGGCUGAUAUGGACAAGCUAGUGAGCAUCAAGGGUUUGGUCAUUCGUGCUACACCCAUUAUACCUGACAUGAAAGAAGCAUUUUUCCGUUGUCAAUCUUGCAACCAUUCGGUUCAGGUAGAUAUCGACCGCGGCAAGAUUGCUGAGCCCACUAUCUGCCCCCGUGAAGCAUGCAAAGAAAGAAACUCGAUGCAAAUCGUCCAUAACCGCUGUGUAUUUGCCGACAAGCAGGUUAUCAAACUGCAGGAGACUCCGGACAGUAUCCCAGAUGGUCAAACACCUCACUCAGUCUCUCUAUGCGUCUAUGAUGAAUUGGUCGAUGUGUGCAAGGCAGGUGACCGUGUCGAGGUAACCGGAAUCUUUCGCUCGAACCCUGUGCGAGUAAACCCUCGUCAACGAACCCAGAAAUCCCUCUUCAAAACAUACAUCGAUGUUCUGCAUGUCCAGAAAACCGACCGCAAGAAGCUCGGUGUCGACGUUUCUACCGUUGAGCAGGAGCUCUCUGAGCAGGCUGCUGGGGAUGCCGAACAGGUCCGCAAGAUUUCGGCGGAAGAGGAAGAUAAGAUCCUGCGAACAUCUACGAGACCCGACUUAUAUGAGCUUCUUGCUCGAUCACUUGCGCCUAGUCUUUACGAGAUGGACGAUGUGAAGAAGGGCAUUCUGCUUCAGAUGUUUGGCGGCACCAACAAGUCGUUCCAAAAGGGUGGUAACCCUCGCUACCGUGGCGAUAUCAACGUACUCCUCUGCGGUGACCCUUCGACAGCAAAGUCUCAACUACUCCGUUAUGUGCAUAAGAUUGCUCCACGAGGUGUAUACACCAGCGGUAAAGGUUCAUCAGCUGUUGGUCUUACGGCUUACGUUACUCGUGACCCUGAGACUCGCCAGAUGGUCCUGGAAUCCGGUGCCUUGGUCUUGUCCGAUGGUGGUGUCUGCUGCAUUGACGAAUUCGACAAAAUGAAUGAAUCCACUCGCUCUGUUCUACAUGAAGUCAUGGAACAACAGACUGUGUCGAUCGCGAAAGCGGGUAUCAUCACAACUCUCAAUGCCAGAACAAGUAUUCUCGCCUCGGCCAAUCCUAUUGGUAGCAGAUACAAUCCAAACCUACCGGUCCCACAAAACAUCGACCUUCCGCCAACUUUGUUAUCUCGUUUUGAUCUUGUAUACCUUGUUCUUGACCGCGUGGAUGAGUCCGAGGACCGCCGCCUUGCUAAGCACCUUGUCAACAUGUAUCUCGAGGACAAGCCGGAAAACGCGAGCGAGCGGGAAAUCCUACCCAUCGAAUUCUUAACGGCUUACAUUACCUACGCCAAGACCAAGAUCCACCCAGUCCUCACCCCCUCCGCCGGUAAAGCCCUCUCCGAUGCAUACGUGAAUAUGCGUAAACUUGGAGAUGAUAUUCGCUCCGCGGACCGCCGAAUCACCGCAACCACUCGUCAGCUAGAGUCGAUGAUCCGUCUAGCUGAAGCUCACGCACGCAUGCGCCUCUCUCCAGAGGUGACCGCUGAUGAUGUUGAGGAGGCUGUGCGCCUGAUUCGAUCUGCCAUCAAGCAAGCAGCGACCGAUUCCCGGACAGGCUUGAUCGAUAUGGGCUUGCUCACCGAGGGCACGAGCGCAAGCGAGAGACGCAACAAAGAGGCCUUGAAGCGCGGGGUUCUGGGUGUAAUUGAUGAUCUGGCUGGUGGGGGCGGCACAGCUCGCUGGACGGAAGCUUACCGGGUUCUGAAUGAACAGUCCAGUAUCGAAGUUGAUGGCGCACAAUUCACGGAGGCUGUCCGGGCACUUGAAUCAGAGGGUAUCGUGAAUAUCUUGGGUGAGGGUGCGCGGAGGAGCAUCCGACGCGCUCCCGGGGCGGUUGUGUAA